AACUGCUAAAGUGGAUAAGGACUAAGGUGCGCAUCACGCAUUACCUGGACCUGGUAGUAAUUCUGUCAACUCUUUUAACUUCUCUCCCUCCUCCUUCACCUACUGGCUCCAUUUCCCCUGCUUGGAUUCGGACCUCCAUAAUUGGCACUUCAAGUAUAAAGAGUCCACACCUAAUGGGAAAACCAAAACAAAGACCACUGACGAGUCAGGAUGGCUCUCUGAGUGAUUUGGAUUUGGACGGAGAAGAUAGUUGGGUUAUAGUUAAAAAGCAGAGAAUCACUAUUUUGAUACCUGCCCUGCCUAAUGCCAGAAAAUCCACAAUGCCGAAGCCAGGAUCAAGUAAGCUGGAAACCAUGCCCUUAAAAGCUGUAAAUAAUACAUCAACAGUGCCAGUUGAGACAUCUAACAGGAUGCCUUCAGUUGAUGAACGAGAGAAGGUGACAUCAAUGGCUCCUAGUAGAGGUACUAUGAUGUCUAAAAGAAUUCCUACACAGCACAUAUUGGCAGUACACAAGCGACCAAGACUAAAUGUAGAAAUAGAACCUGAAAAGCUCGAUAGAGCCCAAACUUUUAAACCUCAUAAUAUGCUUGGGGUAUCAAACAAUUCAAGAACAAUCAAGCAGCCAAGACUAUUGCAUGGGCAAGGGCAUUUCCUUGAUGGGAGCAAGCUGCUAAAUCAGAGGCUAAGGGCAUCACUGCUUGAGAAGAAGCUUCAAAAGGCAGGUGGAUUGAGCAGGUGGCUAGCAUCAAUUGGACUGGGGCAAUUUGUGAAUAUUUUUCAGGGUAGGAGUGUCAGCAAGUUUCAGUUGGUUACUUUAACCAUGAAGAAGCUGAAGGAUAUGGGUGCAGAUGCUGUAGGCCCCCGAAGAAAACUGAUGCAUGCUAUAGACUGCAUUUGCCAGCCUUACUGUUUUGAAGCCUGCUAAAUGUUCACUGAAUCUUGCACCAUCUAGCGAGAUAGGUGAAAGGCGUGACCGCUGCUCUUUGCAUAUGCAUUCUUGUUGUAGAUUCUUCUAGUUGCAACAGGCAAGUCUUCACCAGUCGUAUCAUGGUAAUUGAUAUACAGGAGUGAAAAAUCAAAUUUGAGGCCUUGUUUAUCAUAUUUGUAGUCUGGACAAUUGAUUGAGGAUCAAACAUCUAGUUUUUUCCCGAAAUCUUUUAAACAGGUUUGUGCAAUGUGAAAUGGGAUGAAUUA